AUGGACAAGUUAUACUCUGCACAUGAUGUUCAGUCAUGUGCAGAAUAUAACUUUUACCUCAUUAAGCUUUUAGGAAAACCCUUUACUUUAGCUGCCAACUCUACUAGAUUUUCCAGCAAACUACUGGAUUUUUCCUAUUUCUGCUGGUCUACUGGUUCUAAUAUGGAUCUCAUUGUUGAAGAACACUUUUAUGAAGGUUCUGAGCAUUCUAUUAAAUAUAAGAGAUUUGCUUGUAUGUAUUGUUCAUAUACAUCUACCGUUAAAGGCAAUCUGAAAAAACAUUUGCACAUUCACACGGGUGCUCGUCCUUACAAAUGUGGAAUUUGCGGAAUCGAAGUGAACGUAUUUGUUCAAGAAUUUGAUUUUGGAAAGCAAGGAAAGCCAGUAAAAUAUAAAAAGUUCUCUUGUUCUGUUUGUUCUUACACUUCUUUCCAAAUGGGUGAUUUAAAGAAACACAUACGUAUACAUACUGGAGAUCGCCCAUUUGUUUGUAACAUUUGUGGUAGAUCAUUUCGUCAAAUUUCUCACCUACGUAGUCAUGAGUACAAAGUACACCCUUCUCUAGCGAAAACUUCUUUGUAA